AUGGAAAUUGAAGAUAGCAAGACCGUCGGUGACUUAAAACUGAGGUUGAGCUACUUCCGGAAGCCCGAGCUGCAGACGUUAUUCCUCGCGAAGAAGGACGGCAAGUGGCUGUCCAGUGGGGAUGACGACGUGCGAGCUCUGAUGAAGAAUAAAAUUUCGAAAGCGAUGGAAGAGGUUCUGGACGAUAGCAACAUCCUCGACCCGCAACGUCCACUCAGCGACUUCAACUUUCCUUGUAUUGAGGAUGACAAGGGAGGAAGGAAUGAUGAAAACUUUAUCGUGGAGCCUCUGUACAAUCGGUCCUGGUACAUGCGCGAAAUCAAAAGAACUCUCGCUCGGGCCGAACAGCGUCGUACAGAACGUCACGCAAGGGCUGAGCAGCGGCGAAAUGGUUGGUUUGAGGUCAGAGUCACGCUCGGCUGUGGGGAAGUGGAUCUCGUCAUAUUUCCCCUCGAAAGCGAAUUCACCGAAGAAGGCCCCGUGGCUCUGAGGCAACUGUGGGCGCAGUUGGGCAGUUCGAUCUUGCAGAAUGGUGUUGAAGACGGAAUCGUGCUAUGCGUGCUGCAGCACCUGAAGAUGACGCUGGUCGUGUCGCUGGAGAUGGCCCUGGCCGUUCUGCUGGAUUUAGUUUCACUGCCGGCGAUGACGUUCACGCUACUGGAGGUGACACCGGAAGUUCCGAACGCAACUGGUGGCGGCCGUGGCGACUACUGCUUGGAGGAGAUGCUGGUGGCGCUACUGAAGAUGAUGUUCCUGGAGGUGGCGCCGAUCUCCCGACUGAAAGUGAUCGUGGUGAAGAUCGACGGCUCAGCUGAAGUGGCUCGUGAGGUUGGGGACGACGACAUGGGCAGUGUGACGGCCAACGAUACGAGAUUGUCUACUGGGCUGGCUCAACGAGUUUCUGCGCCGGUGCCUAGCUGGAUGUCAGUCGUGCCUAACGUGCGGAUCGUGACGUUUUGGAAUGGAGAUGAAGUUCCUGAGUGCGCGCUCUACUGGGCAAGAGGCCCGAAAUGGCUUUGCAUGAGCCAGUGGUUGUCGCUAGACGGCUCGGCAAGAUUUUCCGCGGAGAAUUUCCCUGCACACAUCGACCCUGAGAGCUACUACGUCAUCGUGAGGAACGUUCCAGCGCACGUCGAGAAGGCCUUGCGUGUGGCAACUAGGAACGAGCGGCGCUACCACAAGUUGGUGCAUGCCCGAGGACAAGCUCGCCUGUAUGCUCUGUUGAGCUGGAUUUGUGCUGUUCUCACCCUCGGCUUUGGAAUCUACCUAUACGAAAUCGACGCGAAUUUAGUGCGCGGCUCUACGUCGGACUUCGACAAUCGUCGUUUGUGGACUGUGGGCAUCGAACGUGCUGCAUUCUACGCUUUCCCGUUGCUGGGCAGCGUCAUGCUGAAGCUGAAGAUAAUUUACAGCCCAAAGUUUGACAGCCUCAAGGACAAGAUCCACUAUUCGCUCGCCGCUCUCGUGUGA